UCCCCGAUACUCUCCCCUCUCUCUUUCCCAAACGUGGAGCGUCACGCAGUUGUCCAGUGCGUCUCCUCAGCAAGUCCGCACCUUCUCCGGGGAACCAGAUCGCAGGAAAUAUCAUUCAAAAACAUCGGCAGAAGCAGGAGUUGGUUGUACAAGAGAACCCGUGAGAGUUGUCCAGGGAAGAGGGGUCUCCCCAAAACCUGAGCCAUGAGUCGCAGCAUCGUGCGGCAGAGUAAAUUUCGCCACGUCUUUGGUCAGACGGUCAAGGCUGACCAGUGUUAUGAUGACAUUCGUGUCUCCAAGGUGACGUGGGACAGCUCCUUCUGUGCUGUCAACCCAAAGUUCCUGGCGGUCAUUGUUGAAUCCAGUGGAGGAGGAGCCUUCCUGGUCCUGCCUCUCUCUAAGACAGGUCGUGUGGAUAAGAACUACCCUUUGGUGAUUGGCCACGCUGGACCUGUCCUCGAUAUUGACUGGUGCCCUCAUGACGACAACAUCCUGGCCAGCUGCUCAGAAGACUGUACUACAAUGGUGUGGCAGAUCCCAGAUCACAUAUUGAUCCGCCCCAUCUCUGACCCCAUCGUGGUCCUGGAGGGGCACUCCAAACGUGUUGGCAUUGUCAGCUGGCACCCCACCGCACGCAACAUACUACUCACUGCGGGCAGUGAUAACUUGAUAAUCAUCUGGAACGUGGGGACUGGCGAGCCCCUCACCUCCAUGGAUGACCACCCAGACCUCAUCUACAGCAUCAGUUGGAACCGAAACGGCAGCUUGUUUUGCACCACCUGCAAAGACCGACGCCUGCGUGUCUGUGACCCCCGCAAGAGGGAGGUGGUUGCGGAACGACUGGCUCCACAUGAGGGGAUCCGGCCAAUGAGGGCCAUCUUCACCAGAGAUGGAAACAUCUUCACCACAGGAUUCACCAGGAUGAGUCAGAGAGAGCUCGGACUCUGGGACCCGACAAAUUUCGAGGAGCCUAUUUCACUGUUGGAGUUGGACACAAGUAAUGGAGUUUUGUUACCAUAUUAUGAUGCUGAUGCAAACAUGGUCUACCUCUGUGGAAAGGGUGACAGCAGUAUUCGUUACUUUGAGAUCACAGAUGAGCCGCCGUACGUUCACUACCUCAGCACCUACAGCAGUAAGGAGCCCCAGAGAGGGAUGGGCUUCAUGCCCAAGAGAGGUGUGGACGUCAGCAAGUGUGAGAUUGCCAGGUUAUACAAGCUCCAUGACAAGAAGUGUGAGCCCAUCACAAUGACAGUACCCAGAAAAUCAGACCUCUUCCAGGAUGACCUGUACCCAGACACAGCAGGGCCCGAGCCUGCCAUGGAGCCUGAAGAGUGGCUGGGGGGCCGCGACGAGGAUCCAAUUCUGGUAUCCAUGAGACAGGGCUAUGUCCCACCUAAGAGCCGAGAGCUCAAAGUGGCAAAGAAGAACGUGCUGGACUCCAGAGCCACCACCCGGCGCAGCAUGUCCACGCUGGAAACCAACAGCCUGCCGGUGAGUUCUUCAGCUUUCCUGUUGUUUAUGUGCUCACAUAAUGUAAGGUGGCAAGAAAAGGUAAACCAUAUCUUCACAAGUAUAGGCAAACAUAAUGUGCUUAAGCUAAUACCACAAACAUUUUUUUAAUGUUCUCAGUGAACCUACCCAUUAAACAUUCAAAGUGCUGGUAUAAAAAGUAAGUGAACAGUAAAUGACAUGAAAAGCAAGAUUUAAUAACUGGAUGAGCUUCAGCUGGUGGACAGCCACCCUGACAUUAUUCUGUAGGAUUCCUUGAUAAUUUGGGAAUUUAUUUUCCCCUCCAUGAUGGCAGCUCAGUAGAAGUUAGGUGAUGCGGCAGGACAGUGAGACUAAACACUGAAUUAAAUCUCUGACAGAAUGGCUUCAAAACAAGGCACUCUGCCAUUUGGAGUGCCCCAGUGAGAGCCUAGACCUCGGCCCAAAAGGGCUGCUGUGGAAUGAGCUCAGAGAGCCGUUCACACCAGACUUGACUUAGCCGAAGAUCACAUUUUAUGACCACAUUGGUAGAAAACCUAGAGACUGCAAAUGGUUCACUUCCAUUUUAUCACUGCUGUGUAUCUUGAGUGUGACCCACUACUUGGUAUACUAGAGUAGACAUUACUCUAUUCUAAUCUGCUUUCACAUUUCAGGCUGCAUUUUCUGUGUUGAUGUUUUAGACUUUGUCACUGAAAAAAAAAAUAUUGUAGCUUAGCGGCCUGUAAUCUGAAAGCAAUCUUUCUCCUAAGAACAUCAGUCUCUUUUUAACCCUUUUCUAUUUCUCUCGUCUGUUUGUACCUGCUCACAACUUUGUUUCCCCAAAGCUCACUUCUUUUGUGUUUUGUAGUCACUCUCUUUGACCUAUUU